AUGUAUGGCUUGCCGUUCAAAAUAGUCACCGAUCACAAACCGCUUGAAGUCAUCCUGAACAACCCUAGGCAUCAGGCGCCAAUACGGCUUCAAAAAAUGAUGGUGCGAAUGCUCGAUUAUGAGUUCAAGGUCGAACAUAGGACCGGAAAGACGAAUAUCUCCGAUUAUACAUCUAGGCACCCGCUCCCUCGUGAAACCUGCACUAGAAGGGAACUAGACACUACCAAGGAUGUCAAGCAGUACGUGGUCGCAAGUGACAUUCCCCGGGCUAUCAGCAAAGAGUACCUGGUAAAGGCAACGGAAAACGACGAGGAACUAAAAAGGUUAAUCACGUGUACACGGGAGAGGAAGAUUGACCACAGGAACCUAGACAUGAAAGCGUACUUCAAUAUUUACGAUGAAUUGGCUGUGGCUGAAGGUCUUGUCCUUCGGGGUGAAAGAAUCGUAGUCCCUCGAGAACUCAGAGAAACUAUGGUGAAAAUUGCUCAUGAGGGCCACCAGGGCAUCGUUCGCACGAAACAACUACUUCGUGCCCACGUUUGGUUUCCCAGAAUCGAUAAGAUGGUCGAAAAGCACGUUGGGAAAUGCCUAGCUUGUCAAGCUACCAUCCCCUGCCACACCAGAGAGCCACUCCAAAUGUCGGAUCUGCCAAAAAGUCCCUGGAAGAAGAUCAGUGUGGAUUUUGGGGGACCUUUUCCAAAUAAGGACAUGGCUUUAGUGAUCUGGGACCACUCACACGUGUUUUAUUUCACUACUUAUGGAAUUCUAGAAGAGGUGAAGACAGAUAACGGCCCCACAUUUAAUGGGUGCAAAUCUGCAAAAUAUGCCCAAGAACAAGGGUUCAGGCACAGGAAAGUCACACCCGGAUGUGCGGAGGUAAAUGGUGACGUCGAACGAUUCAUCCAGACGGUCAAAAGGAGCGCGAGGGUUGCCAAGAUUGAGGGGAAAGCAUUUAAAAUAGAGAUCCGAAGGACGGUUGGCAACUAUCGUGCGACACGCCAUCCUGUGACGAGAGAGAGUCCCGACAAGCUUCUGUUCGGGAGAGAGAUAAGAAGAAAACUGCCAGAAAGGGUCGUUCCUCUGGAAGAACAACGCCAUGACCUAAUCUGUGAAAGUGACGAGAGAAAGAAGAAGCAAAUGAAAGCUUAUGCUGAUGAGCGCAGACACGCAUUACAAAGCUCGAUCAAAAUUGGUGACCGUGUCCUUUUGAAACAGAAUAGGGGUAACACGUUGACCCCGGCGUAUGAUCCACGGCCAUAUGCAGUCGUUGGAAUGAAAGGGAACAUGAUCACUGUGAAGAGGGGAAAGGAAGUCAAAUCCCGCAAUUCUUCCCACUGUAAGGUACUUAAGUACGCUGGAAAGGAGGAGUACGACGAUUUGGGUUGUGACAAGGAACAACAAUCGAUGAACAGGCGAUUAACGAACCGCCAUAUUGAAGUAGGGAAGGUCCCUGGAGAAGGAAAUAUAGUCAUGCAAGAGACGCACAGUGGACCGACAAUCGCGCCAUCGGAACCCCGGAGAUCUGUACGAGCCAGAACAUCCACAUGGGAAACAAUUUACAGAGACUUCGAGCCUCACCAAAGAAAAUGGGGGAGGUGUAGUAUCCAGGCCUCCAAGUCCACGCCCGAGGCCCCAGGAGACGUAGACUCGAGUACUUAUUAUGCACUGUGA